AUGCGAAGGAAUGAAAAAUUCAAAAUUUUAGUGGGUUCUACGCAUGAAUUUUCUUAUGAUUCGGAGGGAACUGAAGGUUUGCAUUUAGGACAGGAAACAUAUUACGUGGAUAAGGGUGACGGUGAUUUUCAUACCCAGCACUCUAAGUACUGUGAUCAGUCUUAUGGAAUUCCAGUUACAACAUACACCAUGGCUGCUCAGCCUUCACGCUAUUAUGAAGUAGGUGAUAAAUCGGUUUAUUCUUAUCGAAAUCAAGAAAGAAAACCUAAUGGUCAAAGGAACAAUUUUGCAGACAAAAGUAGGUUCAAGUGGGUUGCUCCUUCGAUUCAUGUUGAAAACGCUGGUAAUCAUCAGAGUACUGAGCAAGGAGAUAAAACAGUCAAAGGCGCAUUCGCAGAAGAUUCACUUGUCAAAAAGCCAAAUAGCAGCUGGGAAGUUACUGGAUCGAAAGGUUUGAACAGUGUUCAUAGCGCUGCUGAAGAGGAUAUUAGUGCCUUGUGCUAUACUUCCGUUAAAGAUCUUUCUGAUCUAGAUGUUAACCAGUACGAAGCAGCUGAAUUUCAGUAUAUUCCGUUACUACCUCCUCCUAAAGAACUUUGUUUUACAUCUUCUGUUCGCUAG